ACCCAGCAGUCAGCUGAUUCGAGUCGUUUAGUUUAGCCCAGAUCCCACAGCGGAGAGUCGGCAUAAACACCCCGGGAGGAGGCGCGGUGAACCCCAGCUGCUUUUAUCGACCUGCUGAAACCGACAAGAUGAAGCUGGCCUGUCUGCUGCUGCUGGCUGCUGUCGCCUGGAGCUCCGAGGCGAUAGUUAGGAUUCCCCUGAAGAAGUUUCGCUCCAUAAGGCGGUCCAUGACUGACUCAGGCAGAGCUAUGGAAGAACUCCUAGCUGACUCUCAGUCUACAAAGUACAACCUGGGGUUCCCCCCUCCCAGCAACGGUCCCACCCCUGAAACCCUCAAGAACUAUCUGGACGCCCAGUAUUAUGGAGAAAUAGGUCUUGGCACUCCUAUCCAGACCUUUACUGUGGUGUUUGACACUGGAUCCUCCAACCUAUGGGUUCCCUCUGUCCACUGCUCCCUUACUGACAUUGCCUGCUUGCUUCAUCACAAGUACAAUGGAGCUAAAUCCAGCACCUAUGUGAAGAAUGGCACUGCUUUUGCCAUCCAGUAUGGCAGUGGGAGCUUGUCUGGGUAUCUCAGCCAGGACACAUGCACAAUCGGUGAUAUUGCUGUUGAAAAGCAGAUAUUUGGGGAGGCUAUCAAACAGCCUGGAGUUGCUUUCAUUGCAGCAAAGUUUGAUGGCAUCUUGGGUAUGGCCUAUCCUCGGAUCUCUGUGGAUGGGGUUCCUCCUGUGUUUGACAUGAUGAUGAGCCAAAAGAAAGUGGAGAAAAACGUCUUCUCUUUCUAUUUAAACAGGAACCCAUAUACUCAGCCUGGUGGUGAACUCCUGCUGGGUGGGACUGACCCUAAGUACUACACUGGAGACUUCCACUACGUGAAUAUCAGCAGACAGGCUUACUGGCAGGUUCAUAUGGACGGCAUGAACAUCGGCAGCCAGCUGAACCUUUGUAAGGGAGGCUGUGAGGCCAUUGUAGACACUGGAACGUCGCUGAUCACUGGACCUGCAGCUGAGGUCAAGGCCCUGCAGAAAGCCAUCGGAGCUAUCCCCCUCAUCCAGGGAGAGUAUAUGGUUGACUGCAAGAAGGUCCCCUCUCUUCCUACUAUCUCCUUUGUUUUGGGCGGACAAUCCUACACCCUGACUGGAGAACAAUACAUUCUCAAGGAGAGCCAGGCUGGUAAAGAGAUCUGCCUGAGUGGCUUCAUGGCUCUGGAUAUCCCUCCCCCAGCCGGACCACUGUGGAUUCUGGGAGACGUGUUCAUUGGCCAGUACUACACUGAGUUUGACCGCGAAAACAACAGAGUGGGCUUCGCCAAGGCUGUCUAAAGGCUGUUGAGUGAAAUUGCUAAAGGGUCAGAGAGGAGUUUAAAUAACUGUAGGAAAGCUUGAAAGAACCCUACACAUCAUAUCAGCUGCUUUUGUAAUAUCUACAUACCUAGCGAUAUGAUAGUGUUGUGUUUUGCACUGUGCUUUCUUAGCUUAUACAAAUACUCCGUUAUCAGUGGGCUUGAGAAGUCUAAACGAAUCAGGGAAAGGUACUACAGAUAUGCUAGGAAAAACAGACGUGUGGUUUUAAUACGUUUUAACUUGUUUUAAGGUUUUAUGUCUGAUUUUUAUUUCAUUUAAAUCUGCUUUUUUUGAAAAUACCUCUGAUUUUAAUGUGUACAAUUGAAUUGGAUGAAAUAAAUGUUUUAAAACUUG